AUGGGAAGUGUGGGAGCAAAAGCCAUAAAGCGCACUGAGAAGGAAAAGGAAGAGGAGUAUAUUGACUGGGAUGCCCGUAAGAACCAAACCCAGAAAGUUGGUAGGUUGAGUCUGAUCGUGAGGGCGAUGCGAACGGCAAAUCGCACCGCUGCAUUGACGGAUGGUGGAGCCACGUCCGCAACCAAUGAAACAGGUGCAGAGGGAUCCUCGCUUUCCAAUAAACUGGCGGACCUUUCGGAGAGGGACAACGCAAUUCUCACCCGGGAACAAGAACUGAGCAGUCUUACUGCACUUGGAGACGCGGAAUUCCAUGUGGACAGCAAGCUGAAGUAUGAUGCUCAGCUAGAGAGUGAGCUUACCGACCCUUGCGUCAUCUGUGCGAUGUAUAAACACAAAACCAUCCUCGAGUGCCGAGUGUGUGGCAGGCCGUACCACCAUAGCUGUCUGACCGGGCGAGGGAUUGGACUGGACACCAACUCGGCCAAGGCACUGGAGAGCGCCGAUACGGAGAUCGGUUGGACCUGUCCCGACUGUGAUUCUUUUGUUGACUUGAUAACGAUGGAUGCGAUGAGUGGCCUCAUGGUAGCGUUCGAUAACUACGACACAGACGGAGGUCAGAUUCAGUCAAGCAAAUUUAAUCAAGUUAUUAUAAAUUGUGAUAAACAGUUUACGAAAAACUUUAUCAAAUCUCGCUUUCAUAAUAAUGCAAAACUUGGGGGUAGCCUACUACGCAAGUCUAUGCCUUUUGCAGACAGUGCCCAUUUUACGUUUGAAAUAUACGACCGCAACGGCGACGGCAUGGUGUCAUGGUGGGAUUUCCUUAUGGUGGAGACCGUCAAAUUAUUGCAGCACCAACCACAGAGCCAAAUCGUUAAGUAUUUGAAAUCGGAAGAGAUUUCCCGUCUCCGGAGGUUCUUCAAGAUGUCCGACAAGCAUAACAUUGGGCUGGUGACCGUGGGUGAAUCGGAGCAGGCUUACCGGGGAUGGCUUAGGGCUCAGGGAUUGCAAAACACGGACGAAAUGAUGCGCUCAUUUGAGAGAUCAAGCAGUUCAGACGAGUGCAACAAAAUGAUCACCUGGGAGAGAUUUAUAUGGAACAAGGCGUUAGCUGUCAUUACAUCCAGGCCGAACACACAGACGAUCAAACCGUACGUCGUCACCAAUGAGCAGACGGCUCUCUGA